AUUAUAAAAAUUUGCUGAUUUAGGAGGAGAAGGAGAGGAUCAAUAAGAUCUUACAGAGAGCCAGGGAUAAGGCUGCAGGGAAACUUGAUGUGGAUUCUUUACUCACAGAGGAUAAUCCAGAUGGAUUGGACAUAUCCCUCUACCAGGGUGAGGACCAACUGGACGAGAUUGAACGACGACGAAAACGAGAAGAGAAGAAAAAAUCCGGGAAAAACGAAGAUGACAGUGACGAGGAAAAGCCAGCUAAGAAGGAGGUCAGGAUAAAGGUGAAACCUCCGAAGAAGCCCGUGGUUACCGAGGAACGGGUUGGAAGAAAGGUGGAGAAGAGGAAAUCUGCGGAAAAGGCCCAGGACGCUAUGGGCGCAUUCGAAUUCGAUGAGGACACUGAUGACGAAGAUGAAGUGAAACAGAAACCUAAAAAACGAAAAUCUGCUGAAACAAAGAAACAAAAAGAAGGAAAAUUAGACAAGGAACCAGUACAAAAGGAGAAAAAAGAAGAAUUGUCAACUUCUGAAAGAGCUCUGUUGAAAGCUCAAGCAGAGGAAGAAAAGGAGAAAAAGAAGGAGAAGGAGCCGACGAAGGAGACUAAGGAGAAGGAGAAGGAGGAGACUAAUGUUGACAAAUCUGUCCCUGCUCCUGAUGCUGAAAAGGACACGGAGGAGGACUCAUCGAAGCGGAAACCCCGGUCCAGAAAAUAAAUUAAAUUCUGAUUUUUUUAUUUGAUCAAAUAUCGAUUGAUUUAUUUUUCUUUUUAACCGCCCCAAAAGUCGUUCUCUCUCUUUAAUUUUCUCUGGCGAUAAAAUUUUAUCCUAUAGUGCAAAUUCCCCAAUUUUACCCUUAACAACACAACCACGCUUUAAACCGUAAAAAUUACAACACUUCAUUUUUAAUUAAUAUUUCAACUGUGGUGGGAUUUUAAAAAAAAAAAUUGAGAAAAAUUUUGAAUCCCUUUUCUUUUCUCGACUAUUUUGGAGAAAACAUUCAUGAUGAUGCAACACCAAGUUUGUGACUUGUGUUUAGAGCAAAGUAGUAAUCAUUUCACCUUUAUUCAACUUUUUGUUAUUUUGUGAUAUAGUGUAAUUAUUAUUACUAUUAUUUGUAUUAUUAUUAUUAUCAUUGUUAAUAUUUUAUACUUCCUACAGUUUUGUACUACAGUUGGGUCUUUCUGCCCCGUCACUAUUGUUACUAAGUUUUUUUUAAUUGAAAACGUUUAAGAUAAAUAUAAGUUCCCUUGAAGUAUCUUCUAGGAGAAAAAGAAACAGAAGGACUCUCUUACAGAACUCUAGCCGCGUUUUUUAUCAAGUAUUUUUACGAAUGGUGUUUGAAGGACUUCUGUAGUUGUUUUCCCGGAAAAAUCGAAUUAAAUGAAAUAAAGGUUUCGAAAUUAAAAUUCGUUACUUGUUUCUUCUACCUAAUUGUAUUUUCGUGAACUCUUCCUUUAUAUAUGUGCAUUUUGCGGUGUAUGUCUAAAUGAAAUAAUGAUUUCUAUUAUCAGAGGAACCUACUGUUCUUUUAUGUACACUGUACAGUACAUUUUUUCCUUUAUGUACAGUUUAUAAGUAGCAUGUUCGUAUUUAUAUGUUAAUUUGCCAAUAAAAGAUUGUAAACCUGA